UUACUGUUUGCAGCCACAUUAUGCGAAGGACAAGUGUCUUGGGAAGAUGUACGUGAGUUACCUUUUGGAGAAAGACACCGGGAUGUACUCAAAUUCCGUGAGGCACUCGAGCCUGAACUUAAACCAUCAGAACUAUGUCCCUGCACCUCCACAGUAUACGGAUUUUACCGGGUACCAUCACGUCCCAGGAAUAAGCAAUGAUUCUCAUCACAGCCAAGCCACGGGCACCUGGAACCCGACUUACGCCCCACCGAGAGAGGAGUGGUCCCACUAUGGAGCAGGGACGGGGCCCUCCACGUCAAAUCCCGGACAAAUAAGCUUCAACACGCCGGAAUUUACCGCGGUUCAGCCGCAGAGUCAGGGGCUGUUCCCACCAGCCAUCAAUGCACCUGUUGGUCAGCUGUCACCAAAUUCACAAAGAAGAAACCCCUACGAGUGGAUGAGGCGCAGUGCGACACCAUGUAAUCCAGCCUACCUGUUCUGUGUCCAUACUUGGCGCAAGGAUGUGCACCUGUUCGAUUGA